UGCUUUCGCCGAGCUGAUGCAGCAAAGAUUUUCAGAAGCUGACGUUUCGACCGCCCGAAGUGGCGUUCGCAUUAACGGUUUCUAGAUCUCUAACCAGUAAGGGCGACACACUGUUUUGUCAAGUCAAGUGUGUCCCCUUAAUUAUUCCGCAACUGCUGCAAGUCGGGGCAGCAUCCCGUCCCGUUAGCGGAAUACCGAAUGGAAGUACCCGAUGAUGCUCCUGCCCGAAUCGUCCGCGCUGGUGAGGUGCUGCUCGAGCGUGAACCCUGGAUGUGGGCCUUUGAAUGGGAGAUCUGCGACUCGCUCUGUGCUGGAUGCUUUGGACCCAAGGCCCCACUGAUGGCAUGUCAAGGUUGUCGUCUGCAUCGGUACUGUUCGGUUCAGUGCCAACGCAUCGACUGGAAGCGCGAACACAAGUACGAAUGCUCAGUAUUGCGCGGUAUUUAUCAGUACCAUCAGGAAAUGACACGGCAGCCAGACUGGGAAGAGAAGCUGCAUAACGUUAAAAAUUCCAUGGGUCUUCAUCAUUGUGAACAGCUCUGCCUGUUCUGUGCAGAUACCAUCCUUACCCUCAAGAUUAUCAGUCGAGUGAAGAGAACGAGCGCCUGCAAGGAUUCAGAAAUUCCUGGCGGAAAGUCAUCUUCCGCUUUCGAAGAGAUUUUGCGUACCUUUCCCUGUCCUCCAAACAAGAAUUCACAAUUCACACAAUGGUUCCAGCUGGCAGAAGUACAGGGCCUGCUACAAGCGGCAUUUAAAGAGCUGCCAGGGGGUGCUCUCAGCAUUUCGCAGGGCGAGCUGCAGAACAUUUCAGAGCGGGUGAAGUACAACGCACACAUUAUGAAGGACUGUAACGCCAAACUUUGCGGCAUUCACUGUCUGGGACGGGCGCUGUUUCCUGAUGUUCUACCACGGGAUGCAGUGCGGGUGUGUUCGGAUCACAAUGCCGAGAGGAUUAUGCGGGGCCGCUGUAUGCGAUGGGUAGCAGUGGAGGACAUCGCCAAUUACACUGGACUGAAAGAUUUGCGCUGGAAUGUGACUGACCGGACGCACACUCCCUUCGUUCUGCCCCGUGAGGAGCGCCGACAGUUAUUUGAAAAAGAGAACGAAGAAGCCUGCGUCUGCCGCAAAUGCACUACGGAAUAUGACGCCGAGAUUAAUCCCAUGAAGUGUUCCACCAACGGCUGCUCGGAACGGAUACCCAGCGAUGACCGAGCAUUGUUGCCAUGUGAACAAUGCGGCGCUAUUAACGAAGCACAAUUACUUAAGUACCGGGCGUUUGUGAAAGCGCAUCAGAAGAAUUUUUAUACGCUGAUAGCACAGGAAAUUGACGACAGUGAUAAUACUGGUCGCUUAAUUAACCGGCUGAAGACAAAGCUGAUCGGGGAACUGGAUAAACUGGAUGUUCUGCAGCCGGAGGCGCACCUUCGCUUUGUCUGCGGGUGGGCGCUGACCGAUGUCUACGAAGAACAACAGCGUUUUAAGGAAGCCUGGUCCAUGUAUAAAGGCUGCAUCGAGUGUAUCAGGAAAAUUCUUCCGGUAUUCCACCCGGAGCGGACGAAUUAUCUGGGCUAUGCGUCCCACUUCGUCGAGAAGUGGUUGAAUGCACUCGAAGUCAAGUGCCAAAUUCGCGGGCAGGCGUCAACGGACUGCCCGGUAGAGCUAAUAGAGGCCAUCGUGCUAAGCAUUGAGUACACCGAAGAGGCUAUAAAGAUCUAUAACACACUGUAUGGGAGUGAGGCUUACUUGGUGGCAGUAAUGACGGCCCAUUGUAACCAGCUGAAACGGUACGGACUCAACCGGAAUUCCCUGGAUGAUUAAUCGUAGCCGUCGCUUUGGCGUGCAACAUGCAAAAGGCGCUGGAAUGGAAGCGUACAAAUUUAAUUUUGUUUAACACUGCCGCUUUUUAUGGGAUACCGUUUGUGCAUUCAUAUCCGUAUGGUAGAAGUAUCUCAAGUUGCUCGAAUCUUCUGUCGAUUCCGCUUGUUUGGUCUGUACUCAUCCUCGCGGUUCACGGUAGCCUACGAAACGGCAUGACAUUUAAAUUUGGCUAUCUAAAUGCCAUUAUGCCAGUACAAGUAACCGAUGUGUAAGGGAACAAGAUUUUUGGUCUUAGAGAUGUUUUCGAUCGUUCUUUAGUGUUAAAUUCGU